AUGUGUCCAUCACAUACAAGCUUAGAAAAUGCAAAUGUAUAUAAGCAAACGAUAUUUCGGACAAAUUAUUCAUUAACUUGUCAUACUGCGAAUAAUCGGUCAUGCCUGGUUGUGGUGGUGCAAACUGUAAAUGCUGUUCUGGAUGUACAUCAGGUAGCGGAUGCAAUUGUCCAUCUGGUCAAUGUCAAUGUUCUGGGUGUACAUGUGGAUGUUCGUGUCCUUCCAAAUGCAAAUGAAAUGACAUUCGGUCAUUUCAAACUACAUUCAGAUUCAUCGAUUAUUCAUUGCUUAGCAUAUUGA